CUAACUUGACGUGGCAAGUUCCGUAAUGGGUCAACCGAUUAGGCCCGUCUGGACAAUCAUGCAAUGACACUCGUCCAUCUUUCACUCGACAAAAACCUUUCUGGAUCACAGUUCUGCGGGAGACUUGCGGCCGGAUGAGCCCAAGAGUCUUUGUUCAUCGAGUCUCUUUGCAUGACAACCGGGGCAUGAAAAAAGGUGCACGUGGCGCGCACUCUUUUGUUCUCAUUCCAGGUUUGGCACCGAGAACAACACAAAUUUUCGGGGGUAGUAUAAAGCACAUGAUUUAUUCUUCUAGCAAGCGAGAUUCACUUUUGCUCUUCCUGUUCUCCUCAUCUUCCUGGCUGCGGCGAGCUGUGCUUGCACCUUUCUAUCGCUUUGCGAAACCCUCUUUUUAACUUACUUCAAUUCUAUACUGAUUUUCAGUUGCUUGCUGUUAAAUCCUGAACGGCUUUCCUCGACGAAAAAUAAUAAUUCUAACGUCUUUGGCUACGAUGCAAUUCACUACUCUUGUUGCAUUCGCUCUUGCCGCUACCACCUCUGUGCACAGUGCUCCAGUCCAUAAGCGUAUUGCGCAGGUCAUCUCUGACUCGACUACCAAGUGGGAGGCAGCAUGUGAUGCUGCUGGCGGAGGCACCCAAUGCAACCCAGUUGCUGUCGCGGCCUUUAGCACUCUUCUUGCUGCUCCUGGUCCAUGUGAGCAGCAGGAUGCCGCUGACAACAUGGUUGACCUCGCGAAGACUCUCAGUAACAACGCAGACAUGAUCCAACUUGCUCAGAUCUUCGCCCAGCAGCCCCGAAACUCUCCUACAUCACAGAGCGUGCCCUACUGCCAAUCAGCCCCGCGCAAUGCUGAGCUCAAUGGGCUCUUCCAGUGUCAGUUCCAGGGUGAUAACCCAACGACCUUCGUCGGUGGCAUUGCCGUUGGCGGUGCACCUGUCAACCCUGCUGGUUCUUGCCUCGCAAAUCCCUCCGGUCCCAUCGCUGAUGGCACACAACUCGUGGAUCUCACACAGAAUCCUGGUGUCGGUGGCACAACUGCUUCCAACAACACCACUGGUGGAAGCAAUAGCACCUCGACGGUGACCACUCCUUCCGCCACACCUUCGUCUGAUUCUUCGAAUUCUGACUGCGAGGAAGAUCCAACCGAGUCUACGCCUACCGCUUCGCCCACCAUGGCAGCUGAUAGCGCGGCGGCGGCGUCUGCAACACCCUCGAGCACUAAUGGAAAUUUCAAGCUCACCAACGGCCAGAACGCUCAGAAGCUCAACGCGCAGUUCGCUACGCUAACUGCUACCUCUUUCUGCACCGAGGGUACCAAUGCAUGCGUCAACGGCGCCUUUGCGCAGUGCGUAGGGGGCACGUACGUGGCUCAAUCUUGUGGGUCGGAUCUCAUCUGUGCUGCCCUUCCUCUCGUCAACUCUGCUGGAACAUCAAUCACCUGCACCACGAAUGCUGAUGCUUUGGCUCGCAUUGCUGCCACUGGCGCGCAGGGUGGCCUCACUGGAUGA